AAUAAGAGCUCGUGGGAAGAGUCGGUCACUUUUUUUCGCUCCAUUCGUAGAUUAAAUAUUACAAAAAAAAAAAAAAAAAAUUUGUAAGCAAAAUGUUACCUGUUGGGUUAAUUUACUUGUUGAGUUAAAUAUUAUUUGUGUCGGUUGGGUUUAAAUAAAAGGAGUAGAGGAAAGAAAGAAGUUGAGGACUCGAGUAGUGGGAUGGUGACGUCAUCUCUAAUUCACCUUGUCGAGAAUCGAGUUGAAGUAAAUGAAAGACUGAGUAGAGGUCUGAGUUGUUGUAUUGAGAGUUGGUUGAGUUGAGCAGAAGAACGCUGUUUGUCUUGUUCUGGGUUCUAUUGUAUUGUGCUAUACUAUCGUUUCGACGGACUCGAGACUCGCGGUUUCCGCGGUUUUAAUUUUUUUUUUUUUUUUUUUGGUGAUGAUGUGAUUGAUUUACGGAUUACAAAUUUAAAGCAAAGGGUUUUAAGGAAAAUGGAAUCGUGUUUCCCGCCGUUGGCGUCUUUGAGUCUGAGAGAAUCAAAAAAGUGCAAAAAGCGACUCAGUGAUAACCCGUUUGUGGAUAAAAGUGAGGGAGAAAGGUUUCAAGUGCUUCAAGAUCUGGACCUUUAUUAUAUAAGACAAAUUGCGCAUAAUUUGAAGGAGUAUGAUUUGGAGCAAAAAAUUGAAGUGGAAAUAAAAAUGAGAGAGGGCUCAGCGCGACUUUUAGCGGCCGCGAGACACAGAGCCCAGAGUUUGGAAGCUGCACGUGCUCUACUAACAUCCAAUGAACGUAUGUCUGCUUAUAUGGCUGAAUUACAACGUCGUAAAAAGGAUGUCAAUAAAAAAAGUAAUGCUGGUAGUACAGCACGAGUAUCGCUAUCCGAAUUACGCGUUCCAUUGAUGUGGCGAGACUCGGACCAUUUUAAGAACCGUGGGGAUUACCGGAGAUUCGCGGUAUUUUGUUUGGCACGUGUCGGCACCGAAAUACAUGACACUGCACUUAUUUGUCCAGUUGAUCGCGCACAAACAGACAUCACUUUUCCCGACGUGUUACUCUUCAAUAACGUGCCAGCAGAGUUUGAAUUAACUCUUGAAAUCUACAGCCAUAUUUUACAAGAAGAUUUAAGUAUCGCAAGUACACCUCGUCGUAUUAAACGUACAAUACAUUCUUCAAUAUCUAAAACCGUUGGAAAAAAAUUAGCGGCUUCGUUAAAAGAUGAAUUGAGUUCUGGUAAAUUGGGACCACAAUUUGAAUUAAUGGCGUCUGCUAAAUUAACUCUAGAUGAUACUGAGGAAAAUAUUCAUACACAUGAUUUAAUAAUUAAUAAUUUAGAAAAUAAACAUCACGCAUUGCCAUUAUUCGGUCACUUUUGUUGCCGACUCGCGGCGCAGCUGGACUGUAUGACAAAGGACGUGUACACGGGAACGAUAAACAUAAACAAUAAGAAAUGUUGGGCACGACUGCGUAAUUUCACUCUGAAAGCCUGGGAGUCCCGGAAGUUGGCAGAAGAUGAUCAGAAUCCCGUACAGACUGUUCCGAUAAACCGCGAGACUGAUGUGCAAAAGAGCUCAAGCUCGGGGAAAGAGAUACGAGUGUGUAAUAGCGUCGAGGGCUGCGAGAAAGUGACAACGAUAAAACUCGAGUCGACGGAAGAGGCACAGAAGUGGCUCAGACACUUGACUAGUCAGGUUGACGACCAUCUGAGGUGGAAGCAUGCUGCUGAAAGUAUACAACAGGUGCCUUAUGUUGAGAGCACACGGAACUCUUUCAUCAACAAGCGACAGGGCUCUUUGUAUGACGAGACUCCACUUAUUGAAACUGUGAGAUCCGAUUAUUCAACGAGACCAACAGUACAACAGAUAUUCGGACUGACUCCAAGCACGAGCCUGAGCAGCUGCAGCAGCGAUAGCCCCCCUAGUUUAAGAUCCCGGUCCCUAAGCACCAGUGGUACAACUAAAAUAAGUGCCAGCGCAAUUAAAUCUCACUGGCCAUUCUCAAAUAAAAAUAAUAAUAUAUAAAAUAAAUAAAAUAUCUUACAGUAGUAAUAAUAAAUAAGUUAAAUACUCAGUCAAAAGUCUCGAUGCAUUUUUUAAAAUUUUUUGAGACUGAUCCCGAUUGGCUAUCAGUCAAAUCCUUUUUAUCAAUCAGCGAUAGCCUUAAAAAAAAUUUCUUACUAAAUAAAAAUAAAAAAAAAAAAAUAUUUUUGAAUACGAGAAAUUCACCGAAUUAAUUUUUUUUUUUUGUUUUAAAAAAAAACUUUCCUUUACAAAUAAUACUAAGUAUUUAAAAUGAAAGUACGCAAUCUAAUUAUUGUUUUUUUUUUUGUAGAUUUUUCUGUAUAAAUAAUAUUAAUUAAUUAAUUGAUUUAAUUAUUAAAAUAAACAGAAUUUAUACGUUUAUGUAUUAAAUAGAAAUCGCAAUAAAACCA